AGAUUUUGGAGUUUUUUCCUUUAUUUUUACCGGAAGUUGAAUAAUAGGCUUGGGGAAAGCGAAAUAUUUUGAUUCUGAGACAGAGUGUGUUUGUCAAGCCAGAAAGUGAAGAUUGUGUAAUAUUUCAAAAGUACUUGCUACCUCAAUUUUUAAUCUCACACUUAUUUGGCUUAAACUGUUGACUGCGCAGACACGGAAAUCGGCAGAGACCUGAGGCAUCCCGAGGUCGGCUUCUUUGUUUUCCUUUUUUGGUCCGCGCGGUCCAGUCCGCAUAAAUUACGCUGGUAUCGUAUAUCAGGGCUGGGGUCUUGUCGGAAGCUGAAAGUUUCAAAAGAGACCUCCACACUUUUGUAUGAUUGUGUAAGGGAGACAAAGAUUAAAACUUUUGGAUUAUUAAGGACCUAAAUUUAUAUACUUGACAGCCAGACAGCUCUACUGAGUACAUUGUGCCAAUGUUGAUUCCGAUACCGAGUGGUGGAUCGUACGGGAAUGUGUAAAGACGCAGCUGACUUAGGAAUUGAACUUCAACAAAAUCAAUAAAAAGUAGUAAAAAAGUACUUAAUAUGGCCCAACACAAGGUAUACAUGAACCAGAUUCACUGCAGUUCGCUGCUGUGCGAGUUGGCCCAGAUGUGGAAGAACCAAGCACUGUGUGAUGCUAUUAUUAAAGCUGGAACUAUCACAGCCAAGGCACAUCGCUUGGUUCUUGUGGCUGCUUGCCCAAUGUUGAAGUCCAUGGAAAGUGCUUCCGUGGGAUCUCACCUGGAAAUUCGGCUAGCUUCUGACAUCAAAGAGGAGUCUAUCAACACAUUUCUGCAGUAUUUAUAUGAAGGCUGUAUGGUUUUAACAGAAGAUAAUUACAAAGAUAUUGAGAAAAUUGGAAGAAUUCUCCAAGUGGACAGUGUCAUUAAAUGCUGCUCUGAUUUCUACAAAUGCCUAAAUUCAUCCUCACAGUACAAGUAUGACUAUUAUGAUCACAUUGAAUUCAAACAUGUUAGGCAGACUGAUAUGUUGAAGUUAAGUGAAAAAUCCAACAAGAGACCUGUAGACUCUAAAACAACAAGUCAGGGCGGGAAACGGCAGAAAGUUCAGAGUUCUGACUCUCCGUCAUUUGGUGCUAGUCCAAAAGUUGAUGAUCGAACUGGCCUGUCAAAUCUCAUCAAUUCUAAAGACGCUCUCCGUCCAUAUAAAAUGGGGCCUGCUAGUGUGUCCAGAAGGCCGAAUGGUAGUGGGGAUAUUGUAGAGGAUGGGGUUCAAAUCCACCUUGUGGAUAAAGAGGGCUGUCCUGGAUCUUCACAAGUGGUAGACACUUCAUCAGCAAUGUCUGUCUCUGUGGCCAGUCAGAUUUCCUCUAAUGUAAGUGUUCAAGUGUUGAACAUGGGAAACACUCAUCCUACCUCGUCUCCUUCUCUGAUACCCAGAAUUCCCAGUAAACCUCCACUGUCAGGGCCGUUUCCCACGGAGACAACAGACAACAGAUCAGGUUCCCCUGUUUUUAUAGCUGGAGCGGUCCCUAGGGGUUAUGGAGCCACCGUGCUACCACCAUCAAAGUCCUUUGCCAUGGGCAGCCCGACCAUGGUACCUGUUGGCCCAGCACAGUUUCCAUCCUUUGUGAAGGAGACGUUGUCGACUUCUAACACCGAGGAUGACACAGGAAUAAAGAGCCGCUCAGAAUCUCGAUCUAGUCGAACUACCAGCCCAGACCCUUCCAUCGUAAAAAAGGAGCCCGGGACCAGUACAGCAUAUGUGGAUGUCCAAGAACACGGAAUGAUGAUGAUCCGUCGUCCGGACACUGACAGCGAGCAGCAAGAGGAAGUGUCCAGUGACCUGGAGAUUGAGGAGCCACCCCCAGAUGACAGCUACGCAGGGGAUCCAGGCAACGAGGCCUCAUGGAUAGGAGGUCAAGCAGCUGAAAAUGAGAGCUUUACUGAAAAGGGCACCUGGCAUAGUGUUGACACAGGUGGGGGUCCGUACGCUGUGAAUGAGGAACAGGGAGGCGAGACCAAAUUUGACCGCAAGGAGAUGAAAUUUGAUGGCACAGAUUUGAAAUUCUAUGAUGAAGUGCUGCCGGGUCAUCGGCUGAUAAGAAUUGAAGGUAGUAAAAAAGCAUGUGCCUAUUGUGACAUUCAGCGUCUUAAAACCAAAUCUGGAUGGCAAAUCAAAUCGUAUUUUAAGUGUCUUGCGUGUGACAUACCACUGUGCAAGUCUGAUAAAGAGUGCUUCUUGAGAUACCACGAGUUGAGGCUGGAACAACCAAACGUCCCCCCAAAGGAGCUGCAUAAAAGACUGAAAACCAAGAACAAGCCUCUGCUUCUACACAAUGUUACUCCUUCACAGAUGAAAUCGUCCAAUACAUCGUCUCCAUCAACUAAUGUAUCCAUGGAGGAAUCUGUUACAACGGCAGACAUCAUUCGGGCUCACCUAUCCCCCUCUGACUUCUCCGAGCAGAAUCCAGCCCCUCCCUUACUGACUCCCUACCUGUAUAACACCUCCAAUGUUCCCCCCCUGGAUAUUGAUUCUCCCGAGCAGAGUAACAGUGGAACACCGGAGAAACUACCCACACCACCACAAAGAAACAAGGAGGAACGCCAAACACCUAAAGAGGGCAACACUAGGAAGUCGAGAAAAUCAGUGAAAACAAAACCGAUGAAAAUUAUCAUCAAUGAAGAAGAGAACAACUUGCUGGCCAAUGAGGAUUCUAGGUUCAGGAAGGCCCAGGGGCAAGGGCUGUCAAAGAAAGAAAAGAAUUUUCCAAUUUCUACGCAACUUUUGUUUAAACAGAAUACGAGAGAAUCUCCAAGCAAUAGUGCACCCACCAUUGAAAACUACUUACCAAUAACGUACAUUGCAGAAAGCCAACAAAAUCUUGAAUCGAUCCUGGUUGAUAAUCCCAGCAUGUUCGACUCCAAGGACUUGUUUAUGAAAGAUGACCAGGGACAGUUACAUAGACUAGUUGGCAACCCGGGGCACAAAGCUCUAACGUGCGUUUACUGUAAAAUGAUGGGAAACAAGACAGCAUGUGGGUGGCACAUCAAAUGUUACUACCGAUGUAAUGCUCUGUCAAAUUACAUGGAGCUCAUGUUGAAAACCCAAAACAGAAAAGGAGGGAACACCCGUGUCUAUCCACGCUUUCAGGAGGAUGAAGGCUUUACUCAGUAUCUGUUAAGUGGAACCCUUGAAAUCCCACCAUCUGAUUGGGCAGCUGAUCCAGCUCACCGACUGGUGUCCACUGAUGAACGCAAAUUACGACCUUGUUAUUAUUGUUCCUUAACAAAAGUGAAAACCAAGUCCGGCUGGAGGAAGUACACAAGGCAUAAAUUUCUCUAUAAAGCGGUGGAUUUGGAGGUAGCUGAGCCGUACGUUGUGAGGGGAUUUUUCUGUGGAGAUCAGCGGCUAAGCUACCCCUAUAGUGAAAGUACAGUCCCUAACUCCCUUAUUUAUGCCACGGGCACAUUCCCUCUCAUCUUUGUCAUAAUAACAGCGUAUAAUGUGAUACCACAGAGAAAGCUGCACAUGAUAUGGGUUUCAUAUGCAUUCGGAAUUUCUUCGAUUUAUUUGUUCAUGAACGUCAUGAAAUUAUUCUAUGGGGAACUAAGGCCCAAUUUCUUUGAAGCCUGUAAACCAGUGUGGCCGGGAAUGGACUGUAAUAAAUAUGUAACGGAGUUCAACUGUACAGGGACUAACAGGAAAGCUGUCAUAGAGUCCAUGCGAAGCUUUCCGUCAAGUCAUGCUGGGAUUACCAUAUUUGGAGCACUAUAUUUGAUUAUUUUUACACAAGAGGUUUUCAUGACUAGAAAAAAACAGUUUCAUCUGGGAUGGGCCAUUUUCCAGUGGGCGGCGUUUUUAUGGGCGGUGUACGCUGGGAUGUCACGCAUCACCGACAAUAAACAUCACGUUCCAGAUGUGUUGGCGGGAUAUUUUAUAGGUGCCAUCACAUCAUAUUGGGUUGCUUACUACUGGUCAGGACUCGGGGAGAUUGGGAAUCCCAGGACAGAAAUAGAUGGAAAAUCUAAAAACCAUUUCAUCACUCAUUGCUGCUGUCAAAACGGUAUUUCAGUGGGAAAGCCGAAGGAAAGUUAACACAGGAUACACUAGAUGCUGCAACUUCACCAAAUAAGUUUUAGCGAAAACCACAUCGUCUCCACGUUUCUUAAUCUUGUUUAUACAUGCUUACCUAACUCUGUCUGCAAAAUUAACUUUUCUAUACCGUACGACACCUGUUCCACCACAGCUUCGGAAUCUGUAGACCUGUCUGGUUUACUAUAGACCAACAACGAAGUGGGUUUUUGUAUUCUUUCGUUUCCAUGUUUAGUUCCAUUUCUUUCUUUGUUUUUUUUUUUCCAGACCGGGAACCUUCCGCAUAUUUUGAUUUAUCGAAAAAUGACUUGAUAAACGCAUACUAGAACAUCAGCACGUGAGCCUAUUUGAAGUAUUGUGCGAAAUGUUUCUCUGACUUGACGGCUGCGUUUAGUUUAUAGACAAGUCGGUCGUAAAAUAGUCCACUUGCUAUAGUCUGGAUGCAUUUUCUUUAGAUUUUGUCUCUCUUCCGUUCAUUCCGCACACCUUUACUUUGUACUAAAUCUUCACUUGUAUUUUUGCUAGCUACAUGUUUCAAGAACUGUUUCAAGAACAAUAUUCUGAGCGUGAAUGAUAUUACAACUCUACAUAUAUUUAGGAUUUUCAUAUAUUUCGUACGCAAUUGCUUGAUCCAUAAGCUUGUAUUAACUUCUGAUGGAGGAUGUCAGUUUUUUUUAAUGUGUGCCUACUGAAUUGAACCUUGUAGAUAUAUAUAGAUAUAUAUUUUGUACUAUUUUUCAUAAAUACCGGUAUAUGAGCAGACGUGGUACUAUUUUUCCGCAUAUUUGAGCUCAGUAACAGAAGGAUUGGACAAUAUUCUCAAUGUGAAAUUGUCAAAUUAAUUUAUACAUAAUUGGAGUACAUGUCCAUGGAUAACUACAUGUAACCAGUGUUUUUAAUUGUCUAUUGCUCUUUCGUCUCUCUCUUUUAUAAAUGGAAAAAAAAAACCUGAAUGCCAUUUUCACCUUUGCUGUCCAAGUUUUAUCUUUGUCACGUGAUGCCUUUAAAAAUGAAAGCUGUUCUUUUUCUUGCUGAUCUUGAAAUCCAGACAUCCAAUUUUGUUUUACACAUUUGGUUUUGAGUGCUAUAUAACUGAAAUUCUGAAUCACUGCUCAUCUCAUUUGGUUUAGAUGAUUUAAUGUCAUAAAUUUGCAGAAAAUUCAACAAAUAAACGCCAACAUUUCUUUUGACCCCCUUCAUCUUCUUUCUGAAAGAACUGCUUGCCAACUGUUGUCAAUCUAUGUGCAAUUGAAUACUAAUUCUGAUUUCGUGUGACAUAAAAUUUACAAAAGAAGCAACAAGAACUUCUCCUUGUAGGAAUAGCUUUUCCAUAACUCUAAUAUGUUAAUAGAUUUAUAUCAAUGCAUGAAAUGCCAUACCUGUAUGUAUCAUGUUUUCCCUUUCGAAUAUUGAAUAGACAAUCAUGUUUUAAAAACCAAAUGCUGAAUAAGAUGUGAACAUACCUAGUAUUCAAUCACAGUAACAACAGUAUAUACGGCACGUAAAUAUCACAUAGUAAAUUUCAACAGGCGGGUGUAUCUGUUGGUUUAAUAAAGACAUAGAUAAUUAAUUUCUUUGUGAAUUUAGAUCAUACAUGUACAUUAAUUGAGAUAUUUUUGCAAUCAGUAUUCUGGAAUAUGAAAUACACACACAGUAGAGGAAGCUUUAGAGGUACAGCGAAAUUGCUUUAUUUUACCUGGUAAACAGACUUUAAUCUACUUCAUGUACGCGAGUCAAUUAUGUAUGGGAAUGUGUGCUGUGCCGUAUAUAUCUUGUUUGAUUGCCAUAUUUAUUCAUGAAAAAUUGGAUAUUUUUAUAUAUAAAGCAUAAUUAAACAUGAUACAAAAAGCAUUACAUAAUGCUGCUGUUCACAAUUGUCGGCAUGGUACUGGUGGCAAUUGACAUAUGGUACUGAAUGCCUUGUAGUAGAAUUUUAAAACUGUAUUAAUGUUCAAUUGUCGAGUCUACAUAAUUAUGAUGUAUUUACAGUUUAUGGAUGUUGAAAACAAUGAUGAUUUGUCUUGAUUCAUAUUGUAUAUCGCAAAAUUACAACCUUGAAAGAACUACAUGAUCUUUUAAUGGUUCCUGUUUUUUGUUUGUUUUUCACUAAUAACUUUCCUUUGUUUAACAUUAAAUUGUAUUGUACAAGAAA